AUGCCCGAGGAAGAGAUGUAUCACAUCAAAGUCUUUCGAUUUCAUCCAGAGAUUCUCAUUUUGUUCACUUUGAUUCUUUGCGAGCUUUUGGCGAGAGUUCGCGCCAGUCCACGCGACCCAGCGGAGACAUGUCAACGGCGCACUGACCAUCACCAGCAUUCCUACGUUCUAUUACAUUCCGAGCAAUCGGCCCAAACAGCAGAGCCGGCGAUACGCGACUCAAGAUCGUCUCUAUACAAGAAAUACAGAUUGGGCCAUAUUCUGCUUACCUUGUACAGCUUUACGGCCGUGUCUACCGCGCAGUCAGUAUCGAUGUUGCCCGACGGUUGUUAUCUUACCUCGUCAGUCGUAUAUGGGAACAUCACCGGCUCAAGCAGCUUGACCACCACCAGCCAGAGCCAGUCAACCAUAUCCACGAGCUCUCCAGCUUCAACACCAACCUUUAGCAAUGGCGCAUCAUCGUUCUCCACGACUACGCCCUUCAAACCCUCAAGCACGCCGAGUCCCACGUUGCCAUCCUCAACACUCCCUCCUCCAACCUCAAGCCCAUUCGUGAUCACUGUCAGCGGUGUCGGCAAUAAAUUGCGCGCUCGCUCGCCGGACUUCGUGACGUUCAUUGGAAGUAAUGCUUAUAUCUCUCCCAACAAAGACCUUGCUGCUAUUUUUGUCCUUGCUUUCGACGGCCAAUUGUGCGUGGGGAAUGCAAGUGUCGGUACCAACGGAAAUACUGGCUCAUUGCCUCUCGUGCAGUUCACCGGAGCAACGCAGCCGAGCGGAUAUAGAUGGUCUUUCAAUGCGACGAGACUGAUCUUUGGGGAUACGACAUUCUCUAUGACUCCGGGCGGACAAUUAUUUGUGAUUUUUCCUGGCGGUCAGCCGCCUGAAGGAUCUAUGCAAGUUGGCGUGGGAGCUGAGUUUAUUGAUGUUUCAACAUCCAGCUCGAGCCAGUCGACUAUGAUAAGUACAAGCUCGAGUUCUUUAGAGGACACAAGUGCUCUCGCGACUGUUACGACCACCGCUGAGGAACAAACAAGCGAGACUACUCUGCAGACUCCUCAAAGCGCCUUCACGACCAGCAAGGAUCGUUCUUCUGUCUCCAGUACGGGAUUAAGUCCUUCCUCAGACAGUACGACGACGACAACGACAACAACAACAUUAAUAAGCACAGUAGCUGAUCCUCUGCAAUCCACGCAAUCAAUGUACGUCGGUACAGGUGCCUCUUCAGUAUCGGCGCAGACCAGUCCUAUGACCCCAGCGCAUCAGUCUUCAACACAGAUUUCAACCUCUAUCCUUUCUUCAGCGCCGCAGACACCGACCUCGUCCUCUCACCCAUUGUCUCAUUCGCUUACAACUGGAAGCACAACAGCAACUAGCCUCUUCACCUCGUCGCCUUCAACUCAGACUGCAAAUGCUCAAAGCAGCCCGACGACAUCAUCAUUAUCAUUAUCAUCAUCGAGGACAACCAACAUGACCACAGCGGUGGGUGUCUCUGCGUCUAGUUCAACUUCAUCUCGUUCCGCUUCAGCAACGACAACCUCAUCGAGUGCCACAUCUACAUUUUUGGGCCCAGCUUCUACAAGUCCAUCUCCAAGUCUAUCUUCUAGCACGACAAAGUCAACUACCACGGCGUCAAGUCAAACAUCCCAGUCCAUAACCAACAGUCCAUCCGGCCAGGGCUCCGCUAGCUCACCUUUGAUCUCUUCGUCUUCUGCCCCCAUGACUAUCACAACCAGCGCUAGGAGCUAUACAGGUAUGAAUACGGGAUCAACAACCAGAACCAGCAGCAUCUCAACCUCAAUCUCCUCUUCCGCAUCCCGAAGCACGUCGUCUUCAAUUCCUGUACCCACUCCGUACCCAGCAAAACGCGGCCUCGCCUACCGCAACGUAACUACCCUUCAAUUCUAUCCCCCACUCUCGCCCUACAUUUCCUGGUCGUACAACUACUACUCACUUCCCAACGCCAGUGACGACAUUGGGCCGUACCCUUCCAGCCAGUACCGCUUCAUCCCUCUCCUCUACAACGACGCUGACUCCCUCACGUCCGUUUGGUCCGCCAACGUUAACUUUUCCAUCGCAAACUACGGCGCGGACGCCAUCUUCGGGUUCAACGAACCCGAUGCCAACUUCAACGGCCAGUCCGCCAACAUGCCCGUCGCGCAGUCGAUCCAGGGCUACCGGAAUUUCAUGCAACCCUUUGCCGGGCGUGUCAAAAUCGGCGCCCCGGCCGUGACCAACGCGGGCGGCGGGCUCACGUACCUGGCACAGUUCCUGGGCAACGCAACCCAACAGAACCUCACGAUCGACUUCAUCAACAUCCACUGGUACGCAUCGCCGUACAACAUCGACUACCUCGAGACCUACCUCCUACAGGCGUACAACCUCUCCCUAACGUACUUCGCAGCGACGCCCAUACCUGUCUGGGUAACCGAGUUCGGCAUGGACCAGAACAACUACGACCAGGCCACGACGGUGCAAUUCCUCAAGAACGCAACUCUGUGGAUGGACGAGCAGGCCUGGGUCGAGCGGUACGCCUGGUUCGGCAACUUCCCCGGCGAACUUACCACUUACGGCGCCCCGACGACGAACAUGCUCCUCAAUGUCGACGGCAGCGGGCGCGGCGUGCUGGGGGAUGUGUGGUAUACGUAUAAUGGGACGAAUUAG